CCACCGAAAGUCCGCAGGAUCUCCUGAUAACAAUGCGCCUCUGGAACACCACCCGAGAGCAUGGCUUCCGGGUGCAGAGCAGAGCACAGCAUUCUAAUUUCUGAGCCAUUCUGAGCGGCACUCCCGCUUCAGCGUAGUAGGAUUGCCCGCCUGUUGUGAAGGUCUCUCCUUCAUGCAGAGACUUGCACUUCUAGAAUGCUACCAUACGUCCCCCGCAUCUGAUUGUGCAAGGAAGGCUAAAAAAAGCUGACUCAGGAAAAGACUUUGUUGAUAAGCUAGACACUAGUAGUAGUUGCAAGUGGUGGAUGUAUCGUAAGGCUGUUUCUGAGGCAAUGCCGUCAGCCUUAGAAAGAAGCAAAUCCCCUGAGCUUUCAAUUGGCCCCCUCCUACGGACAAUGGACUACACAUUCUGACUUCCACAAUGUGCAGCUAACCUUGUGCUUCACAUUGCACAUUUCCAUGAGGAAGAUUGCUUUGCCUAAGCCUUGCAGACUUGUUUGUAAUCGUCAUUGAGCGACAAGCAAGGAGAAGUUGCUCUGCUGAAAAAGGUCCUUGAACCAUAUUUCAGCAGCAUCUUCUGUGCCAGUGAAGCAGACAACAACGAACUAAGCACUUCCACAAAAGCAGGUUCUUCGUGGGACGUGUCAGUCGAAAAUCUCAGGACAGAAUGCCCCCAGCCAGCAGAGGGGGCAGGUCAAUCCUGACGGUGCUUAGCCUCCUCUGUGCAUUUUUCUGUGCCACUAGUGAGGGCCGCUUGCUGAAACUCCCUCGCUUACUGUCUAUUCCUGUAAUUCAAAACAGAGAGUUUGCACUGGGGAAACAAGCUGAGCAACACGACACAUUGGGCUUUUUAGGAGACCCUCACUUUGACAGAACCUCCCAGGGUAAAGGCAAGUCUACAGAUGCCUCACCACAUGAAGGUCCCCAGCUUAACACCAGUUCAACGACACAGAGGAGCGCCCAAGCUGACAAGCGCUCCUUGCGUCAAAAGUUAGAAUACCAAAACCUGCACGGGGGCUCGCCUGGAAACAUCAAAAGGAGGUCAGAACUUGGGCAAACCUUUGGCCUAUUCCCUUACCUGCCGGCGCUUUUUGCUUUCGGAGACUCUGACUUCGACCUUGGGAAUACCCUGUAUCUGAACGUGACGCCAUAUAAGGCGACGAAGUACGCGCCAUAUGGGGAGAGCUAUAAGGGCGGGGAUGCGCUGCGGGGCCGCUUCUGCGAUGGCCUGCUUGUCCCAGACUUUCUAGCUGAAGGGUUGGGGCUGCCGAUUUUGCCACCAAACUUCGCCCCCAACGCCUCCUUUUCCCAUGGGACCAGUUUUGCGGUGUCAGGGAGCGGGCUGCUCAACGCAACACGCAACAUGCAUAACCCCGCUAUCAAGACGCACCUCUUCGCGCAGGUCGAGAACUUUCUCGCCUUCCAGGAAGCCUCCAUCGACUACUGGGCGCAGCACGCCGAUAACCCGCCCCUGGCGCCCCAAUAUCCCCCUCCCUCCGCGUUCGCAAAAGCGCUGUACAUGGUGUUGGUCGGCGCAAACGACGUCCUCAAGUUCAUGGUGGUGCAACACGGCAAGCCGGGCCCGGCUGCUGACGUGUUCGUCGAGGAGAUGACGGCAAUGUACGGGCAGUUUGUGAAGGCCAUCUACGCUGCUGGCGGGAGGAACUUCGUCCUGUUCAGCCUGGGUAACAUCGGCUGUUCACCUUUGGCGCGCCAAAUAAACAACGGGACGUGCAGUCCCACGGUGAGCAGCAUAUGCAGCUCGCUCGCAGCUGCAACCGCCGCGCUGCCCGCCAGGCUCGCGGCGUCUGUGCCGGACGCCCGGAUUCUCGUAGGAGACAUGUUUGGAUUCAAUCGGGAGGUCGAGGGGGAUCCCUCUAGGUUUGGUGUAACAAACAUCGUCGACGCAUGCUGCGGAGGCGGAGUGCCGGGGCUCGGCAACACAUAUACUACUUGCGCCGAUGAGAAGCCCGCGACGGUGAACGGGGUGACGUAUCCUAGAAAGGUCUGCUCGAACCCCGGUACGUACCAGUUUUGGGACCAGUUCCAUCUCACCCAAGCGAUGAACCGCCAGCUUAGCCACGAAGUCCUCCGCGGUUCGUCUUGGGUUUACCCGGGGAACAUUCUCAAGACGUUUGUAGUGCCGCAGAUCGAAUCUACUUACGGAGUGGCGCCUUAAUGCUAAGGUAUUGCCCGCAGUUGGCUUUGCAAAUAUGGCCCGCAAGAGAGAUCGCCAAUGGCACCCGCCGCUUGCAACUGACGGACUGCUCGCGUUGUUACAUACUGGGAUCGCCUAAGUAGGGUGGGUAACUGCAUUGGUUGGACAGCGACUGCAGCAGUGAACAACUUUAGGCUUCUUGCAACUUGUCGAUCUAGGCUUCUGGCUUGCGCGUAUUUUGUGUAGCGGAAACAAAUGGACUCUCUGAUUACAUUAAGGAUCUUCACAGUGAACGAGUGUGCUCAGU